AUGGAGGAGGGGUCACCGGAAAAGUGGAACCAAGCCAACAGCAACUGUGCUGGACGACAACAGUCGCCCAUCAACGUCGUCACCAGAAAGACUCUGAAAGACGAGCGACUGACUCCUUUCAAGUUUGACAACUACCAGCAGAUCUUCAGAGGCACCAUCAAGAACAACGGCCACUCAGUUCAGGUCGGAGUUCCUCACCUGAGCACCAUCUCAGACGGAGGCCUGCAGACCGCCUACAAAGCCGUGCAGUUUCACCUGCACUGGGGCAACAACGGAGGGCCCGGCUCCGAACACACCAUCGACGGGGAGCAGUUUCCCAUGGAGCUGCACAUUGUUCACAUGAAGCAUCAUUACACUGAUCUGACAACAGCACUGUCAGACCCAGAGGGCGUGGCGGUCCUCGGCUUCUUCUAUGAGAAAUCUAAUAGUGCAAAUAAAAAGUAUGACCCCGUCAUCAACGCUCUGCGAAGCAUCAAAACGACAAAUGCCAACACCUCUCUGCCCUCCAUCUCUCUGGCACAACUGAUCCCACCUGAGCAGAACCUGACCCACUAUUACCGCUACAAGGGCUCUCUGACGACCCCGGGCUGCACCGAGGCCGUGAUCUGGACUCUGUUCGAGAAUCCCAUCCUUCUGAGCAACGAUCAGCUGCGGGCGUUUUCGGAGCUCAAGUUCCACGACGGAAAGCCGAUGGUGGGGACCUUCAGGCCGGUUCAGCCCCUGAACGGCCGGCAGGUGUACCGCUCCGGAGGCGCGGUGAUCCUGGCCAGCUCCGCCCUCCUCGUGGCCGCCAUCGCCACGGCGUUGGGCCUGUCCCACCCUAACUAGAGCAGAGCCUCCUGUGCUGCACUGCGACAUCCAUGAACACUUACGUUCUGCAUCACUCCUCAGCAGAGCCCCGGUUUUCUAUCACCGCAUGGUCGCUUAGAUGACGGAGCACGUCGUAGUGCAGGCACGACUCCCCCGGCGUUCCUCUCUUACAACACAAAUGACAAAGGCGUUGGCUUUACGAAAGGUGCUGUAAGUGUCCGAUCAGCAUUCGUGCAUGCGUAGUGAAGCAGUAGGUCUUAUUUCAGCGUUAUGAAUGUGCCAUAAAGACGCAGGAACUGAAUUCAAACAUCCCUUAGUCGUGCCCUCAUUUUUCACAGCAUCAUCCGGUAAACGCCAGCACACACGCGCAUACUUUGGACCUCGCCCUCCUCGCUCAAUGUCAGGUAAAUUUAGUCUCUGCUUUGUGUCAGUCGCCGAUGGUCGAGUGCCAAAGUCGGGCCCAUGACCUGGCACGUGAUGUGCUGCUCUCAGUGGGGCAUGUGAACGCCGUGGAGCUAUUAAUAGCACAUCUGAGUCACAUAAACACGCUCCGUUUCAAAGCCAGCGGUCAAAGGAGUCAGCAGUUUGGCUUUUCAUUCAGAGAGCGGGAGCUCGCGGCGCGGCGGUCGUCAGGUGAACCCCCAUGCGGCCACGCAGCCGGUCUGGGAGAAGGCGGGGAGGGGGGGUGAGGUCUCGAAUCCACGAGUGAACGCCGUUCUGAGCUGCAGCGUCCGAAGCUGCUGACACCUGAGACGAAGACGCAGAGAUGCUUAGAAAGUGAGCGACCAUUCCCCUAAAAUCUCGCAGACCGCCGUCAUUAUUUUCAUGCCUCUCAAACACUCGCAUGGAUGCGCAUGUCUCGAUGUCCCAGACGUUUAUAAUGAGCUGCCACACACACACACACACACACACGAAUCGUGCUUGCCAAAACUCAUACCCACACACCUCAGGCACUCCCAUUUCCCCAAUUCUGACCCGUGAAGUUCAGUGAGCUCAUCUUGACAACAUGUGACUGUGCUCACGGCUCGUACUAAAGGGUCUCGGAUGCACUGAAUGUUAUCGACUGUGAAUUACACCCCACUGAGUCCUCGCUCAUUUACUCGCGAGGACUCGUCAUGUAUUCUACUGAGAGAUCUGUGCAAUUUCCAGCCAAGUUUUAUUGCGAUGAGCGAGCAAGGGAUCUGUAUAUUUUCCAUUGUUUCAUAAAGGCAUCAAGUUAUAUUUCUAUGCUGUGUCAUUGUACACAUGUAUUUAUGUACUGAAUGUGUAUAUUGAUAUGAGACGCACAGUUAUUGUUAUUUAUGUAUUGCAAAGUUUAUAUAUAAAUAUAUGUAGUACUGAAUGCAAACCCAUAUAGGAAGCAUCAUCAUGACCAAUCGAGUUUACUUCUGAUGUUCAAGUGUAUGAGAUUGUCUGCUUGAAAGUGUCAUAAAUAAUAUGGAGAAUGUGUUCGAGAAGAAUAAACUACUUACUUUUUAA